CCCCUAUGAGAAAGGGGGGGCUGGGUACCUGCAGGGUGUGGGGCAACAGGAAAUCCCCCCACACUUACAGCCCCCUUACCCCUUUGGGCAGCACCUCCCCAGGGCUCACCAAGACACUCCUGGGGGACUCUGCAGCACCCCAGAGCUCCUGGCCCUGCCUGGGGUCUCUCCUGCCCCUCCCCAGGCCCUGCUGAACCUGCCUUUGCAGACAGGCUAAUUAAAGCCCCAUUAGCAAAAGCUGCUCAGAGAGAUAAGAUGCUGCUGGAGCCUUUAUAGUACCAAACCCCCGCUCAGCCCCCCCUCGAGGCAGGUGGGGUUUGUGCACAGCCUUUUCCUGCAGAAAAAGUGAUUUGUGGCUUCCCUGACACUUCCUCGGCCGCGGCACCAGCAGCGAGCAGGAGAGGGGCUAUGGGCACCACCCGGCUGAGCUGAGUGGGUGGCGUUGGGGGGUGGAAAAGGUCACGUAUGCCCAGUUGAAGGACACACAGAAGCCUGUGCCUGGCAUCUGAUCGCCAAUCCCAGCAUGACCAGUGCUCCCAGUACCACAUGCAAGAGCAUCUCUGCCCUGGCAGGGUCUGCUGGGGACAACAGGACUCCCAGGCUGGAGCAUCCUGGGGUGCACUGGAAGCCACUCUGGGCAUGCAAUCCCCUCUGCUCUUCCUCCAGCAGGAGCCCAGUGAGGCCCCGACCCCCAAGAGACCCCGUGGACGGCCAAAGGGCAGUAAAAACAAGGCCACCCCAAAGGGCAGGAAAGCUGCAGUCACACCAGGGAGGAAACCUCGAGGGAGACCCAAAAAAUCGCAGCAGGACGAGGAGGAGGUGAACAUUUCCCAGGAGUCAUCUGAGGAGGAGCAGUGACACCUCCCAAACCGGCGCUACCUCAUCGCCCGACGGCCCCGAAGCUGCCGGGGGAGAGGGAUGGGGAGAGACCCACUGUGCCGCCCUGGCUUCCUCCUCCUCCUCCCUCCUCCGCUCCCUCCUCACCCUCAGACAACGGCAGCACUGGAAAAUGGCCCAACCCGGGCGGCCCCCGCAGCCCCUGCCCGGGGGGGCACCUGCCCCAGCUCCCCCUCCCCAGCCCUGGGGUUUGGGGCAGCCCCACUGGAAAGGGGGAUCGUGGCAGAGAGCCGGGGCUGGCACCCCCCACCUUCGCUGCCCCCCAUGCAGUGAUCUCGCCCCGCCAAAGCGGGUGCUGGCUGCCCCCCCAGCACUGGGCUCUGCCCUGGGGCCUCUGCAGGGAACAGAUGGGGGGGCAGUGAAGGUGAGACCCCCCCCCCCAAAUGCAUUAGAUCUUUGCUCUGGCCUGCUGCUACCCUGGGCAACCCCCCGUGUCCCCCCAGUCCUGGGCAACUGCACUGUGUGCGGGAGCAGCUCCUGUGGCGCUGCUGGGACCCCGUGCCCAUCCCGGGGUGCCCAUCCCGGGGUGCCCAUCCCGGGGUGCCCAUCCCGGGGUGUCAGUCCCCAGGGGUGCCCAAGCACGACUGGCUCCAGGCAGCCCUUUCCUCAUAGGUUCUGGUAUAUAUAUAUAUUUUUUUGUUUAGUACUUUUUUUCCUUUCAUUCACAACUACCUCUGGAUAUUUAAGUUCCACUCUCUGAACUCACAGACGUGCUGCUGCGCUGCCGGGGCACCGUGGGCUCGGUGGUUCCUGUUUUUGGGGUGUUGUUGGGGGCUGUGGGGUAUUUUUUUUUUCCCCUUUUUUUUGGGCUUCAUUUUUCUUUUUUUUUUAAUUGUUAUUUUGAGGUCUAGUUUGCUCUGCUGCUUCAAGGGAUCGAGGCUGGCAGGGCAGAGGGGUGGGGGGACCAUGGGAUGCUCCCCCUGCCCCUCUGCUCCGGCA